AUGUGCUCUCCUAAAUCCUGUGGCGGUCUAAAUUUGGUGAAUAUUCAUAUAUGGAAUAGAGCAGCUAUUGCAAAAAUAUGCUGGGAUGUGGAAGCAAAACAAGAUAGGCUGUGGAUUAAAUGGAUCCGUUCUUAUUAUAUCAAAGGGCAACAAUUCAUGCAAAUGCCAGCUCCCAAGAAAGCCUGUUGGAUGCUCAGACAAAUCUUCAAUGCUAGAGCUGAUCACAAUCUGGUGCAGAGGAAUAAACAGGUCACUAUUACUACUCGACAUAUAUACUUUCAGCUGCUGGGACAACAAACUCGAGUGCCGUGGAAAUGUCUAAUAUUUCAGAACUGUGCGAGGUCAAAAGCACAGUAUACUAUGUGGAUGCUAUUACAUGGAAGACUCCCAACCACAGAUAGAUUGAUCAAGUGGGGAUUGACAGUGGAUACACAAUGUUCUUUAUGUCACAACCAUGAGGAGAAUAGAGAUCAUUUGUUUGUCGUGUGUGAUUUUGCUAGGAACAUAUGGAUGAAGCUUAUGCAAUGGAUGCAGCAUGAUUAUAUAAGGAAGCAUAACUGGGAGCAGCAUAUGGGCUGGAGUAUACAGCAUGCUAAAGGCAAGACCACAAAAGCAAGAAUAUUCAGACUGGUAUAUGCAGAAAUAGUUCAUGCUAUUUGGAUUGGGAGAAAUUUGAGAAUCUUUGAAAAAAGGGCACGUGAUUGGAAUAGUAUUGCUCGAGAGAUAGCGUACACAUGUACUGUUAGAGCUACUGCUAGUAUUCAAAAUUUUUACAGGGCCAAUGACUCGAGUGAUGAGUUGAUCGAGAAGACGGUAGAGUUGGAGAAGGCCGACGAGUCCAGGAUGGCAGCUUUGGCAAGGAUGGAAGCAUCGGAGGAGGUCAUCCGCGUCCUCAGAUCUGGACGGGCGAUUCAGCCCAAGAUGCCUUUUUUGAUACUUCUUUUGAUUUGGAAUGCUACUCUUGCUGCUUAUUCCUGA